CCCGAUGGUCGAAAGACUCAAAACUCAUAAACCCAAAAUCUUGUAACCCUUUACCCGUCUUCCGUCCGUCUAAGAACACCAAAACAGGGAGCUGCGAAGUGGAACCUCGGAACCCUAGCCCCUUUGUUCUCCGUCUUCGUUCCCGGUGGCCGGCGACCAAGGGCGAUAGCUAGGACAUCGAUACCUCCUGCUCCCUUCCUCUUCUCCCUUUCUCUUCGCAUUGUUGUUGAAAACCCAAGGCGGGAGGGCGACAUCUCCGUUCGGCCAGCGAGUCUAGUCUUCUCUUGUUGCAGAAAAUGGCUGUCUGCGAUGAUGAUACUUCUAAUUGACUACUCCAUUGUGCAAGUGGGAGCUCAUGGAACUUCUUUGAACAGUUGAAAAAUCCUUCUCGAAUAACAGAUUCUUCUCUCUCCUGCCAUCCCUAUUCUUUUGCUUUUGAUCUUAUAAAGGACCAUCUCUUCCAGAAUUUUGAAGAUGAAUCGAGUUGCAAAUGCAAUGAGAUUUAACACUUUACUACGCAGUGGUAGAGCAAACCAAGGCCAGCCAGCACUUAGACAUUUCUCUAUUAAGACGGAAGAACCCUCAAGCAAAGAAGCAUAUAAUUAUUUGUUGGAGCCAUUGAGGACGAAGCAAUCAGAUGUUAUGGGCUGCUUCCAGAGGAUGGGAUAUUUCCAGGAAUACUCCAGUCUUACUAUGUUCAUGCGCAUCACACAACCCACUCACCCUGUAUCAAUGUUGUGCAGAAACCCCAGGCCUGGGCUGCUGAAGAAGGGAAUGGAGUGGCCUAGUUUUCUUGUCAGACAUGUUACAACAAUGGGGAAUUCCAAGGAGUCUUCAGAAGUUGGUUCUGCAGCUAGUCCUGACAUUGUACCCCGCAUCAAAUUUAAGAGGCUCGAUAAAACAGCGAAGCACAUAAUGCAGAUUCUGGAUAAAGAAGCAGUGGAGGAAGUGAGGACACAGAGAGAGAUACUUGAUAUAAGGCCUGGUUAUAUCAUCCAGCUCAAAGUGGAAGUUCCCGAGAACAAGCGACGUGCUUCAAUUCUUAAAGGAAUUGUUAUAGCACGGCGCAAUGCUGGUCUAAAUUCGACAUUUCGAUUGAGGAGACUUGUGGCAGGCGUCGGGGUGGAAUCUGUCUUCCCUUUAUACUCUCCAAACAUCAAGGAGAUUAAAGUGCUGGACAAGAAGAAAGUGAGAAGAGCCAAACUCUACUACCUCAGGGACAAGAUGAAUGCCCUCAAGAAACAUUAGCUUUAGAGUACUUGAUGAUUGAAGUUAUUGAGUGAGGAAAAGCAAGAUAUGUUUGUCAUCCGACUGUUUUGGUCAUUUUGUUUGCGGGAAACGGGCUUUUUAGGCAUUGCAAGUACUUUUUGACUGGUAUACGGUAUUUAUUGGUAUGAAACUCUGCUUCUGAUCAUGGUAAUUUCUGCUCUACUAUUUUGACACAGUAAAUUCGUUACAGAUUUUAAAUAAACCUGAUAUCUUCGUGUUUUCUCCUGAA